GUAUGAGAUUACACGUUUGUGAAGUAAGAUGAACGGAUUUGAUCAAGUAAUUUUGAGCUUGGUGACAUUCCUCGGUUUGAGCGCUCAGAUGAAUAUUCAACCAAAUGAUCCAAUUGUGAGGAUUCCGCAUUUGGGGUGGUUAAAAGGUAAAACAGCAUCGACUAAAUGGACAAAUCGAACUAUUUAUGAAUUUUUGGGCGUUCCAUAUGCCGAAGCACCGAGUGGUAAAAGACGAUUUAAGCCGCCAGUUGCAAAAAAGCCGUGGUUAAUUCGCGAUGCUGUUGAAAUGGGUCAAAGUUGUCCACAAGGCGAACGCCAAACAUCGUAUCAACCAUCCAUUGACGUUGAAGAUUGUUUGAACAUGAAUAUUUUUACACCGAAAAUUCCAUCAAACACUCGAGCAUCUAUCAUUCAACAUCCCGUGAUUGUUUACAUACACGGUGGAACGUUCGCUACGGGAAGUAAUGCCGAAUAUCCACCGUCGUAUCUCUUGGAACAUGAUAUUGUUUUAGUUGUUCCAAACUAUCGCCUCAAUGCACUAGGUUUUUUAUCAACAAAAACGGCUGAAAUUCCGGGAAACGCUGGAGCGCUUGACAUUUUAUUGGCGUUAAAAUGGGUUAAACAAAAUAUCAAAUAUUUCGGCGGAAAUUCGAAACAAAUCACUGUUAUUGGUCAAUCAAGUGGUGCAUGCAUGGCAUCAUCUCUGCUUGUCAGUCCGUUGGUGCCAAAUAAUUUAUUUCAACAAAUGAUUAUUCACUCGGGUUCGGUUUUUGCACCAUGGUCGUUUGCAUUGGAUCCAGUUUCAUACGCCAAAGACAUAGCACAUAGAGCAAAUGUGCCGAAAAAUGCAUCGUUACAUGAGAUAAAUAAGGCAUUCAUGAAAAUGGACGCUUUUGAUUUGAUUGAAGCAACAAAUGAACAUUAUAGUGCAGAGCGGAUAAGAGGCUCAAAUCGAGUGGGCGGACAAUCUUUAACUGUAGGUGGACCUACAAAUUUUUUCUUACCAUUUUCACCUGAAGAGUUAUUGCGAAAAGGAUUCUAUAAAAAGAAUGUUCGGCUUAUUGCCGGCGUCGUACAGAAUGAAGGAUCAUUUUUAACGAGAAUUCUUUACGAUCAAUUAAAUUCGUUGUCUUUGUCGAACAAAGCGUGGCUGAUGAAAAAUAAGUUUAUAUCCGCCACCGUCAAUGCAUUGGGUGUGCCAGACGACAAGCAGAAGGUGUUAAAUUUGGUGAAAAAUAUAUUUGCCGUCCAAAUCAAAAACGACAAUUUCCAUUUUCGAAGCUAUGCUCCGGGAUUUUCUGAAUUAUCCGGCACGGUUGGUUUCAAAAACCCCGUCCUACAAUUGGCACAAGUGAAUUGGUUGUUUAUGUCAAAUCGAACAUAUUUAUAUUCGUUUGAUUAUCGUGGCGCGUAUUCGAGAUUUGGUUAUGAAGAAGACAUUUCGCAAUAUCCAUUUGAUGGUGGCGUCAGUCAUUCCGACGACUUGAUUUAUUUAUUCCCAUAUCCGGACAAAGUAGCGCAUUUGAAUGCAGCUGAUACUGAAAUGGCACGAAAUAUGGUUGAUUUAUGGGCAUCAUUUGCGGAAACCGGCACGCCGCAAUUCAAAACGUCAACACUUCGUUGGCCGUCAAUGACAAGUUUUUGGGGCCCGUAUUUACAUAUUAAUGAAACAUUUAAUGUUGGAACUUUGUUCACCGACGAAUUUUCCACCGAAUUGGAAAAUUCACAUGAAUAUUCAAAAGUGUUGAACGAUGAUUGGGUCGCCAAUUUGACACGAUAUUUACAUUAAGAUGAUGAUUCAAAGUUUAGGAUGUCGAAUGAUUUUAUUAUUAUUUGAGACUCUUAAUAACUACAAUUGCAAAUAAAUUCUGUGAAAUUCUGAAAAAGAAAAGUGUUCACUUGAUUCCU